UUCUCCCAGUUAACCGCAGGCUGGACGAAUGGGUGGACCGGAACCGUCUGGCGCUCAGCAAGAGCCUGAAGGAGGCGGCGCAGAAAAGCUCGGAGCCGUUCCUGGGGGAGCUGGCGGAGCCCGAGCGCAAAAUCACCCGCAACCAGAAACGCAAACACGACGAGAUCAACCACGUCCAGAAGACCUACGCCGAGAUGGACCCGACCACGGCGGCGCUGGAGAAGGAGCACGAGGCUGUGAGUGACCCAAAAUCAACAAAAAUGACCCCAGGUCAGUGUCAGUGGCGGCAGCCGCCGGGGCGGGAGAUUUAUCGCAAAGGGAACAUUUCUGUCUACGAGGUGGAUGGGAAAGACCACAAGAAUUCCCGUUUUUUCCAGGAAAAGGAGUCUCCAGACGGGAAUAACGUCGCCUGUAUCCUGACCCUCCCCCCGUACCAACGGCGCGGUUACGGAAAAUUCCUCAUCGCCUUCAGUUAUGAACUGUCCAAACUGGAGAGCACCGUGGGCUCCCCGGAGAAGCCGCUGUCGGACCUGGGCAAGCUCAGCUACCGCAGUUACUGGUCCUGGGUGCUCCUGGAGAUCCUCAGGGAUUUCAGAGGAACCCUCAGCAUCAAAGACCUCAG